AUGAUCGAUGCCCGACUCAACUUCAAGCAACAGGCAGAGUACGUGGGUAUGAAGGCGUCUGGGCUCAGAGCGUCCCUAUCGCGCCUCAUGCUAAACGUAGGAGGCCCUAAGCAGAGGAUAAGAGCGUUACUAUCGUCGGUGGUCACGUUGGUGCUUACGUAUGGCAUUGCCAUCUGGGAUGACCCACUGCAGACGCAGGAAUCACGGAGGAUGGUGGCACCAGUCUACCGAUUGAGCGCUCUCAGAGUUGCUAAAGCAUACCGCACUGUGUCCGAGGAUGCAGUAUGUGUUAUCGCCGGGAUGCUGCCCAUUGAAGUGUUAGCCGAGGAACGAAGAUCCCUACGAGUUCGGCCUGAGAACUUGGUAGAAGUUAUGCUCUCAUCGAAGGCAGCCUGGGACGAAACAAGCAACUUUGUGGCGGAUAUCAUGAAGGAGCUCCGAAAAGAGGAACGCGAGCGGAAGAACGCAGAAUGA